AUGAGGGACCACUUGUUGGAGAUGGAAGAUGAUGAUGGACACUGCUCUCCAGGCUGGGAUGGUUUAAUAUGCUGGCCAAGAGGUUCUCCAGGAGAAGUGAUAUCUGUUCCAUGCCCUACUUAUAUUUAUGACUUCAAUCAUGAAGGCUUGGCAUACAGAAGAUGUACCAGCAAUGGAACAUGGGAAUUCCUGGACAGUUUAAACAGAACAACUGCAAAUUACUCAGAAUGUUCUAAGUUUCUGAGGCCUGGAAGUACAAAGAAAAAGGAGGAAUUCUUUGAGCGCUUGAAGAUUAUGUACACUGUUGGGUAUUCGCUGUCCAUGUGCUCACUAACAGUGGCAAUUUUUAUCAUCGGCUAUUUCAGGAGACUGCACUGUACAAGAAACUAUAUCCAUAUGCACCUGUUUGCAUCCUUCAUGUUCAAGGCUGUCAGCAUUUUCAUCAAAGACAGAGUGGUAUAUGCCAAACUUGGAGUGAAAGAAUUUGACUCCUUCGUAGAACAUGAUUUAACCUUCUCUGUUGCACCAGUAAUGGACCAGUCUCACUAUGUUGGUUGCAAAAUUGCUGUUGUGAUGUUCAUAUACUUCUUGGUGACUAAUUACUACUGGAUCCUAGUUGAAGGACUGUAUCUCCACAGCCUCAUCUUUGUGGCAUUUUUUUCAGAGAGCAAAUAUUUAUGGGGGUUCACCUUUAUAGGAUGGGGAGUUCCUACUAUUUUUGUGGCAGCAUGGACAAUCGUCAGGAUUAUGGUAGCAGAUACAAAGUGCUGGGAACUCAGUGCUGGAAGUAUACAGUGGAUUUACCAAGGUCCAAUAACUGUAGCCAUUGGGUUAAAUUUCAUUUUAUUUGUGAAUACUGUCCGAGUGCUUGCUACAAAAGUCUGGGAAACGACUGCUGUUGGAUAUGAUACGAGGAAACAGUACAGGAAACUUGCCAAAUCUACAUUGGUGCUGGUGUUUGUCUUUGGUGUACACUAUUUUGUGUUCCUUGGAAUGCCACACACUUUCAAAGGAUAUGAAUGGGAAAUACGCAUGCACUUUGAACUAUUUUUCAGUUCUUUUCAGGGCUUUUUUAUCUCUAUUAUCUACUGCUACUGUAAUGGAGAGGUUCAAACAGAAAUAAAGAAGACUUGGACAAGAUGGAAUCUAGCUUUUAACUGGAAACAAACAACACAGUGUGGCAAUUAUCGGUACGGGUCAGUCCUGACAAAUGUAACCAGCAGCAGUACUAGUCAUGCCCAGAUGGUUGCAAGCUCACGAAUGGUACUUCUCUCCAGUAAGGUGUGUAGAACUGGGCCAAAGGUGCUUGAGGGCCAGGUUAUUUUACCUGGAUAUGUAAGAAGCAACUCCGACCAAGAAAGCUUGCACCCUUCAAUCCCAGAGGAAAGCAAUGAGAAUGAGGAAAAGAAAGUAGAUGACAUCUCACUGAAGGAGACCCCAAGACCAGUGAUAGGGGAUCAUGCUGCAGAAAGUGAAGACACCUUCUCAAACCUAUAGAAUCUGCACUGGGACUAUAAUGUACAAUAUAUGUAUUUUUGUUGUAGCAGUUAUUAUACAACAAAUCCAGCAUACAGCUGCAUGUCUAAAGUUGCUUGCACUAUAUGAAAUAAAGGAGGGCUUAAUUUAUUUCUAA